AUGGGGUGUGUGAGUGUGAUCGAGCCUGUGGUUGGCCUGCAUGCCUUCGCCAUGUUCAUGACCUACCCGCUGCUACAGCAGUAUGUCUACAGGAGACUGUGGCACCAGCUGAGUGGCUAUCCUUACCCAUCUAGUGCAAACUAAUCCCACUGCUCAAACAACUACAGCAACCUCAGCGUUCAGCAGGCUGUGCAGACGGAGACGUCACGCUUCCUCCUACAGAGCGAGCUGAUUUUCCUCCUCCCCUGCCUGUUCUCUUCACUGUUGCUGCUGUCAUACAGUGACUACAGGGGGCGGAAGGUGGCCAUGGUGCCCCCCCUUGUGGGUGAUUUUCUCUUCACUUUAAGCUACUUUAUAGUGAGCUGGUUCUCACUUAGCUUGGGCUACCUGUUGGCUGCUGCCUUCUUGGCCGGUCUGCUGGGCGGUCCCAACACCCUCCUAGGAGGCUGCUUCUCCUAUGUGGCUGACCGCUGCCAAGAACGGCCAGCUGGGAAAAAGACUGUCCAAAUGGCCCGUCUGGACGCAGUCCUGGGUGUCCUGUCUGGCUUAGGCUCCCUCUGCACUGGUUUCUUCAUCAGAGCUGCAGGCUUCAGCUGGCCCUUCCUUACUGCAUCCAUGCUACAUCUUCUUAACCUACUGUAUGUGCUAGGGGUCCUGAAAGAGCCUCUUGGGCAAAACCUGCCCCCUAGUCCUUCCAGUCCUGGUUCAGCUGCUGAGCCACCUCGUCUGUCCCAGGCUCACUUUGUGGCUGGCCGUCUACAGGGCGUCUACCUGCUGUUUGCCGCUUCCACACGGAGAAGGAAUACAGUGCUGCUGCUCCUCCUGAGUGCCUUCAUCUUCUACAAGGUGGCCAAACUGGGAGGAAUGUCCAUCUUUAUCCUAUUUGAGCUGAAUGCUCCACUGUGCUGGAAUGAGCUGCUCGUUGGCUAUGGAUCUGCUCUUUCAACUCUGAUCUACCUGAACAGUUUUGCUGGUGUGGCUCUGCUCUCACGAUGGCUGCCUGAUGGUCACAUCGCUUUGCUGGGGCUGCUGUCCAUCGCUGGUGGCCUCUGUAUGGCCGCCUUCGCCAAGACCACACCACUUAUGUUCCUGGUGCGGCUGCCUCUGCUCCUGUCCAUCAUGCCUGCUCCUGUGUUGCGCUCCAUGAUGUCUAAACUGGUGCCUAGCUCUGAGCAGGGUGCUGUAUUUGCUUGUGUGGCCUUUGUGGAAAUGCUGAGUAUGGGGCUGGCGUUCCCAGUGUUCAGUAGCAUUUACGCUGCUACCAUCUCAUGGUUCCCAGGUUUCAGUUUCCUCUUAGCAGCCGGACUUGCUCUAAUACCUGCUACUCUGAUUGGUGCUGUGCUGUGGCUAAGAAUGGACGGGGAGGAGUGCAGCAGAUUGACCACUGAAGACGAUACUGAGGGCAGCACAAGUUCUGAGAUCCUUCAGCUCCCGCAGUGGCAUGACUGCUGAGAGACAUUCUGUACUGUACUCAGUUAGAUAGCAGUGCCAUUCUGUUAUA